AUGUCCAACUUAAACCGUUCAUACAAGGACGCCAUCGCUGCUCUCAACAGCCUCCAGUCGAACUUUGCGUCCAUUGAGGCGCUCAAGCUGCAGAAGGACUUUCUGCCCAAACAGCGGUCGGAGCUUUCGAUUGCUGAGGUUUAUGAGUAUAUCAGACGCUUGGGGUAUAAACCGGUGGAGUUUGAUCGGUUGAAUGUGGUUCACGUUACGGGCACCAAGGGGAAGGGGCUGACGUGUGCGUUUACGGAUUCCGUGCUUAGACAGUAUAAGGGUGGAGUUGUGGGGAAGGUGGGUUUAUUCACCAGUCCCCAUCUUAAGUCGGUGAGGGAAAGAAUACGGAUAGAUGGGCAGCCGAUUACGGAACAGAAGUUUACAAAGUAUUUUUAUGAGGUUUGGGAUAAGCUUUCGGCGACGAGUUCGCUGCCGCUGGAGUUUCCGUCGUUGCAGCCGUGUGAGAGCGUGAAACCAAUGUACUUUAAGUACUUGACGAUUCUUUCGUUUCAUGUUUUCAUGGCUGAGGGGGUGAAUACUGCUAUUUACGAGGUGGGCGUGGGUGGACGCUACGAUUCGACGAAUAUCAUUCAGAAUCCUACCGUGGCUGGCGUUACUUCCCUUGGAAUCGACCAUACCUUUAUGUUGGGCAAUACAAUAGACUCAAUUGCGUGGAAUAAAGCUGGCAUUUUUAAGAAAAACUGUCCGGCCAUUGUUUCUGAACAAUCGGAAUUUCCCGAACUGAUAGAUAUCGUGAAGAAAGCUGCUGACGAGAUUGGCGUUUCUCUGUUUGAAGUCGUUGACGGCUCUAUUAUCCCUACAGAUAUCAAGUUGGGCCUUGCGGGCGAUUUCCAACGACAAAACGCUGCUGUGGCGGUGAAAUUGGCUGAUAUUCACCUUCGUAAGCUCGGUGUGCCCGAUGCUGAGUUGCCUACGUGGAAUGGCUCUCCUACUUUGCCAGAUAAGUUCGUUGCCGGUCUUGAGAACACCCGCUGGGACGGAAGAUGCCAGAAACUCACUAACCAGGAAGGUUUUGAAAACAUUACUUGGUACAUUGACGGCGCCCAUACGCUAGAAUCCAUUCAUGUGGCUUCGAAAUGGUUUACUUCCAGUGUCACCAAACAGAAACCACGUCCUGGAGCUCCAAAGAUUUUGUUAUUCAACCAGCAAUCUAGAGAAAACGUCCUGGAGCUUUUGGAGAAGCUCCACGGCACUUUAUCCGACGCGAAUGUGAAAUUUGACCAUGUCAUUUUCACCACUAACAUUACCUGGUCCGAUGGAAGCUACAACAGCGACUUGGUCUCGCUUAAUAACUCCAAAGAGCAAGUCGACAAGUUGGUUAUCCAGAAGGAAUUGGCCGAGAAGUGGAACGCUCUUGAUCAGGCCAAGGGCCAGACAUCUAGAAAGCAUAUCUUCCCAAACAUCGAGACCAGUCUUAACUUUAUAAAGAGUUUGACCAACGACGACCAUCACGUUGAUGCAUUCGUCUGUGGCUCGUUGCACUUGGUGGAGGAUUCCUCGCUCUAUAAGUACAGAAGAAAGAAUAUCUCGACCCAUCCAUGA